CAUCCUCAAUAAAUAACAAAAAGGAAGAUUAUCUAAAAAAGGAGCGUAAAGGACAAGGGAAAUUUGUUUCUUUUAACUCCCCUCUAUAUAUAAUAGCUGAGGGGCCUCUUGACUAUUUUGAUGAUGUGGACGACAGUAGUUUAGAAUAUUCUGAAGGUGACGAAUCAUACGAAAAUGAUACCGAAGCAACAACCGAAUGUGCACAAAACCAUGAAAAGGCUGAAGAUUCAGAUGAUACGGUUGAAUCACCAGUAUCCAACUAUGCAAAUUCUGAUACAAGACAAGGAAAAUCUCCAAAAUUUGACGAAACAUCUAGCGAUGAGAAUCAAUAUCAUAUUCUUGAAGGAGAUUCACCACGAUAUAGCCAAGACAUGCAGCAGAUAGAGCAACAACACCUUGACCGACCCAGUUAUAAACAAAAUUCUGAACCUGUUGCGUCACCGAUCUUGCAAAGGAGCGAUUAUACGAAUGAUGAAAAGAUGAAGCAAUCGAAUGUUUACACGAACGGACAGAAUAAUACUGCGUCCAAUAUUCCUUCAGACAUCACACAAGUUAUAAAUCGACCGGGUGAAACCAUUAAAACAUCACUGACACCGACCGUGGGAAGUGAUUUUAUGGAUUUUUCGGACGACGAGGAAGAGGAGCUUCAGUCUGACGGUAAAUCGAUUAAGAUCUUUGGCAAUGAUCCUACGAAAAUAAGAAUGUCGUUCAUGAAUUUUUUUAAAAGAAAAUCAAAGAAAAAGGAGGAAGAAUCACCUAAACAGCUUGCAUCGGUGUCGAGUACUUUCGGAAGUAACAAGGCUAAACCAACAAACGUGCAAGCGGGUUCUCAAUAUCAAAGAAAAGGAUCAUUGACAACUCAACAAAGAAACCAAGCUCAAGCUCAGAUGCAAGUUGAUCUCCAUUCCCGACGUCAAGUGCCGCAGCAAGUUCAACCAAAAAUGCAAACCUCA